UCAUACUUUAAGAUGUAUUUCUUGUUUCUUUCUUAACAGAAACUUUAACACAGAGGAGCAAGGACUUUUCCUAGGUGGAAGUGUACUGGUGUGUAGUACAUUUUUCAUAUAUUUCGAUCUGAAGUUAAAAAAAUAUAUUGAUAACUCCAGUUUUUGAUGUAGAAACGAAUGAACUAAUAAAAAAGGUAUGUUCAUUUUUUUCGUGUUAGGCGCUUUCUUGACGGGCUAGCGAUGCGCUGGUGAAUCGUCUCUUAAGUUGCUUUUACUACAUCACACCAAUGAGCACCAAAUGAGUCUUCUGAAAGAGCACAUCUAAACGUCCUAAGGUGAUGCGCUAUCUUCUUCCUACCAUUUUCAAAGUGGAGUUCAAACUUCAAAAUUAUUGUCGGAAGAAAUUUAAAUUUUUUUAAGUUUUUAGGACACUUCGAUGUUUGUUCAAUUAAGACAUCAUUUCAAACCUUAGGAUCAUCUGCUAUACACCAUUUUAUAGAGAAUUUAAUGGGAAAUCUUAACUACAUCAUUUUUUCUGUAACACCUGUUAUUAGCUAAAGUAUUAUCUAUUUGUAUGAUAUUUCUUGCAAAUGACAGUGUAAAUUUUCGAAACGUCGGAAUAAAGAAAAUUAAAUGGAUCUUUGUAUUUGCUGCCGUUUUAAAGUAGUAACAACCGGAGGCAUCAGUCACUUGCUUUUAACACCUUCUCGAUUUAAUCAAGAGCAAGAGAAUAAAAUAUUUUAAAAGUUAUAUUUAUAAAACACACUUCAAAGUGUGAAAUUACAGAAUAAAAAAGAUCCUUCUUUUACAUGUCCAUACUUAUUACAAAUAUAAUUUUCUAUAUGUUUAGUAUAGAUGGAUAUCUAGAAGAAAAAUUCUCUGUGUGAGAACCAACACCUUUUGAAGUAAAGUUGAAAGUUGAAAAGAAGAAAUUUCUUCAAAAGUUUGAAGAAUCUCGUCUUCCGAUUCGUCUGCAACUCUCUCUAUUCACAACAAAAGAUAUUCAAUUAUUUUUCUUGAAAAUAGAAUCAUUUUGUUUCGAAGUUUUCUAAAAGAUUCAGUAUAAUACUUAUUAUUUUUAACUAGUCACAUAAAUAAUAAUAAAUAAUGUAUUCAAAUAAAAACACGUAUUAAAUACAUAUAAGAACAUGAGAUUGAAUAGAUAAUCAUGCAUUUCAUUCUACUGAUCUAUUUAGUUAUCCCUCCUCAUGUUUUAACCACAGUCACCAUUGGUUGUAUUGCAAAUGGUAUGUUAACAAAUAAUACAGAUAAUUUAACAAGGUGGUUGAAUACUCAAGAUAGUGAAACAUGUUUAUGUUAUGCAUUAACACUGAAUGGUUCAGUUGUUGCAUUAAAUGUGUUUUCUAAUGGAUCAUGUCAACUAUUUUUCAAUUAUUUAUCAUAUAAAGAAAUACAAAUUAACUUAAAUUCGACAUUAUAUUUACUACAACCAUUACCAACAGGUUUAUCUAUUAAAUCUACUGAUGGGUUGUUAGUAUUAUCGUCGUCAUGA